AUGAGUGAGAAGGGUAGAGAGAGAGAGAGAGGGCCGGAUGGAGUUAGUGCUUUGACUUCGUCCGCCACCCCCUUGGGUGAAAGUGGUGGUGCUAGAUCAUCUGAAGAGGAAGAUGUUCUCGAGAGAAGUACAAAGAAGCUCGAUGAUGACGUCAUCAUGCAGGGCGCGACAGGAGACCAAGACGUUCACAUGGAGAAGAUGCCUUCUGCUAGUGUAAUGAAAAAACCAGAGAGUGACAAUCAGAAUGCUCCAAAGUGGUCAGAAGAACAAAAGAAGAUCGUGGAUGCCUUACCCAAGCUUGAGGUUUCUGAUGAAAGACUCAAAGAACUAUGUAAACCUUGGAAAGAUUCUCUUAUCAUCACGCUACUGGGGAAGCGGAUUCGCUUGGCUGAACUCAGGACUAGGCUGGGUUCUUUUGAUUUUGAGCUUAUUGAUUUCGAAAAUAAUUAUUUCACCUUUAGAACAGCAAACAUGGAAUUAUAUCAGAAAUGGAGCUCGAACUUUAACCUGUUCAUCAACCAGCAAAAGAAGAUUGCUCUUUGGGUGAGGAUACCAAUCCUACCAAUGCAUUGCUACGCCGAAGAGUUCAUGUGGGAAAUAAGAAAUACGAUUGGAGAAGCCUUGAAGAUUGAUAUGAACAACUUGGCCCAAGUGAACCACAAGAGCAUGCUCGAGAGGGGAAGGCACGCAUGGAUUAGCGUUGAAGUGGACUUGACCAAGCAGCUGCAUUUUCGAUUUGUGAUUAGAAGGAAAGUUUUUAUAGUUAUGUAUGAAGGCAUUGCUGUCAUUUGCUUUUACUGUGGGAAGAUGCUAGAAAAACGUCCUUUUCAUCCAAGAGUCUCAAGGUCUGAACAACUUAGAGGUAGAAAUGACUUGCACUCUGGGCAAAGAGAAGGACCGAAAGGAGUAUCAAGUGCCACCAACUCCUCCAGAUUUGCAGCCCUCGUAGAAGAUAUGGAAGCUGAAAUGAGGAAAGAAAAGGACAAGAUUUUCACAAAUAAGGGUCCGAAUAUGGUCUGGAGGAAGAAAGUGGGUGACGAAAAGAAUGAUGAUUGUCACAGCAAGGUUGAGCAAAGAGAAGAAAAUACUCAGGCUACAAAUCCCUUGAGCCAAGAAAAAGCUACUUCGCCUAUUCCUAGUCAGAAUAAGCACAUUUCUCAUAAUAAUAUAGGGGUCAAUGAGGAGGUUGCAUGA